AUGACCUUGAUCAACGGCAUCACCUACAAUGAUACAGCCUUGAAGUUCUGGAAUUACACGAUUUACGGUAAUGGAACUCUUUCCAACGGUUCCCAGUGCUUUCUCGCUUUCGGAAAGUAUAAGCCUAUUCUCAUUUCACCGAACGGGACUUUCAUCAACACCACGUCGUGUUACGGGCCCAUAAGCCCGAUCGGAGCUCGCGGCAUCAUCGGACUUGUCUUUGGGUCACUAUUUGCCUUCUCAAUUCCUUUUUCAACCAUAAAUCUCAGAAAGCAUGGUCGCUCGUAUCUGCCGCGGGGGAAGCGAUGGAAGCCGGUUGGAAGACGAUGGCCUUGGUAUUGGACCAUAUUCCUCGCCGCGUGCGGCUUGUUAAGUUGCUUUACGGCCAUCGAUAUAGACAGAGAUUAUGUUGUCAAUACGCCCAUAAUUCUUCAAUCCAUCUUUUUAACCUUGAUGGUCCCUGCCCUAAUGGCCUGUGUGUGGGAGGCCGUAAGAAGCUGGAGCUCAUUCAGAGAUCGUCUACUCCAAGACACCGAACCGUUGGCCCUCCAUCCGGACCAUCACCGCACCCAGGUCGAUUUCUAUCUUCCGUUAAUAUUCUAUGCUUUCGAUGCGCUUGUAUUCUUCAUGCUCAUUCCACGUUCUUGGUCAUUCGUCCAAGACCAGCGAUCAGAGGCGCAAACACGGGAAUCAGCCAAACCGGCCGCACUCGACGCCCGAUUCAAAACGGCUUCGAUUCUUGCGACGGUCUGCCUAGGCCUCACGGUGUUUCGCUUAGCCUACAGCGGUCGAGUAUAUCGGUCAGCAAUACCUCAAACACUUCUGCAAAUUACUCUCCUACUGGCUAUCCGUGUAGCUUACGCCCUUGCUGGAUCUUGGGUUUGGAGUCUUUCGCCAUAUCGUCUCGGCGUGAGUAUGGGCACCUUCUACGGACUUGGUCAUGCACCAGCACUCCUUAUUCUUGUCGUGCUCAACGUGCGAGGGUAUCUGAGCCAAAAUGAAGACAAGGUCUUAAUAUCUCAGCGAGCGAUGAGAGGAGAUGAAGCCCAUGGUGAUAUUCACGUGGCCUUACAAGAUCGUCAUGUCCGCGACCGAGACCAUCGAGACAGGCCGCCUUCUUGGUGGUUUAAGGCCCGGGAUUCUAACGCAUCCCCGAAUCAAAUAUUCAAAAUGCCUUUAUCCACACUGCAAAAUAAUUUAGACAACCACCCACAGUCGUCUUUUUCAAACCUCCAACAACAGGAUGAGAGCGGGCAUUACUGGUGGCAGCAGCGGAAACAAGGCGGAGAAGACGCAAGAUAUAGGAAACCGAGGCAAAAUACAACCCAAACUGGGUCAGCUUUGCGUUCAACAGGACUUGACGAUGAUAGUGCCAACACAAAAUCCAGGUGGACGGAGAGAAAUAUAUCCGCACCCGGGCGCACUGAUGAAAGGAAAACGAGGGGAACGAGCGAACGUGAAAAUACCCACGACGCGGAUAGUGGACCUGAAGGCCGGGGCCGGGAGCCUAACUCAUCGACAGUUUCGCUCCAGUCACGACCGCAGGUGGUUAGAACUGACCUUAUCGUCAAGAUUUCAUUGCGUGAUGCUAUGGCGUGUUUUGAAGUCGCCAUGGCAUCCAGGACAUCAGAUACGGCCACAAUUCCCAGGUCUUCACGUAUCCCGUUGCCGAUAUCGUCCACCCCAAAAGCAUCCCCACCACUCGUUCGCCAUGCGACACUUCUCAUUGACGGGGGACCGCAUGAAGCCAAAACAAAUAGUGUGAAAAUCGCCGGGUUGGUUCGCAGUGUGAGGAAACAGAAAAAGGUGGCAUUUGCCCGCAUCUCAGAUGGUUCCACCCAUGCAAAUAUUCAAGCUGUGUUUCCCGACCCAACUUUAGCGAAGGAUAUUACGAAUGGUGCCUAUGUUGCGUUGAUCGGCAAAUGGAUUCCAUCUGAAGGAGGUGGACAGACCCAUGAGUUGCGAGUGGAAGAAAUCGAAACAGUGGGAGAAAGCAAUCCUCUUGAGAACCCAAUCCAGAAGCAGUCUAUGUCGGUCGAUUUCUUGCGGAGUAUUCCUCACCUCCGCAUGCGGACGUCUUUUCAAUCCCUCCUCGUUCGUACUCGGAGCUUUUUGACAGCUGUGGCUACCUCGCACUUUCACAACGCCCCGGAUCCUGUAUACCAAGUGCAUCCGCCUCUGAUUACCUCUUCUGAUUGUGAGGGCGCGGGAGAAGUUUUCGCCAUAACUCCGCAGAGCCAAGCUCAAGCUCCCGGUAAUGGCCCAAAUGCCUCUCAAGAGCAAGAAAAACUCUACUUUCGAGAGCCAAAAUACUUGACCGUCUCAUCACAAUUACACCUCGAAGCAUAUUCGGCCGAGUUGGGGAAUGUCUUCGCCUUUGCGCCUACUUUCCGAGCCGAAGAAAGUGACACACCCCGUCAUCUGUCGGAAUUCUACAUGCUCGAGGCUGAGUAUCGACACGUCUCUGUGGCAGACCUGCUGUCAAAAGUGAGAUCCCUGAUUACCGGUCUCACCGAAUCGCUUCGACACCAUCGAGUGGGAAAAGAACUUCUAGAAUAUUACUCGGACGAGAAACACCGAUCAUCAGAUGCGGACUCGGUCGAUUUGGAAGAUCGAUGGAACAGACUCUCUGGACCGUGGACCACGGUGCAAUACUCCUCCGCCAUGACCGCCCUCGGCCAGGUUCACGAAUCGAGUGCCGGAAAAUUGUUCCUCAAAUCCCCGGAGUGGGAUCAGGGCCUGCAAUUGGAGCACGAACGAUGGAUUGUGAAUAAUCUAGGAGAAGGGAAACCAGUGUUUGUCACCCAUUAUCCUCGAGCCGUCAAACCGUUUUACAUGCUCCCUUCGAUGUUUCAAACUUUUGGGCCAGACCAAGAACCAGCUCUGCGGACAACACCUUCACCCGAAAAUGGCGAAACCGUCGCCUGCUUCGACCUUCUUCUUCCCUUUGGAUACUGUGAAGUGGUCGGUGGAAGUCUCAGAGAACACCGUCUGGAAAAUUUGAUCCAAUCGAUGCGACAGAAGGGACUUAUCAAGAAAACAGACAGGCCUAAUGGCAACGGCAACGAUAAUGGCGAUAGCUAUCCAUUCUUACAACCUGGCGAAAGUCUGGGUAGUCUAAGAUGGUACGCCGAUCUCCGGCGUUUCGGAAGCAGUCCUCAUGGAGGGUAUGGUUUGGGAUUCGACCGCUUGCUGGCGUAUCUCACCGGUGUGAGCAAUGUCAGAGAUGUAGUUGGAUUUCCACGCACUUGGGGUAGGGCCGACUGCUGA